UUAAACAAUUCAGCUGUCCCCUGGAACAAUAGCAGUUAGGCGGGUAGGUACGGUGGGGGAGAGAGAGAGAGAGAGAGAUGAAAAAGGAAGAAGCAAUAGUCGCCGGCGACGGCGGUUGCGGUGGUGAUGGUAGUGCCAGUGGAACUGGUGGUGAUGGUGCCGAUAGCGGUAGCGGCGUUGGAGUAGUCGGAGAGGGAAACUGUAGCAGCAGCCGAGUCCGGAGCGGGUCGGAGGAUCGAGUUAAAGGGCCUUGGUCUCCCGAAGAAGACGCGAUUCUUAGUAGAUUAGUGAGCAAGUUCGGCGCCAGGAAUUGGAGCCUCAUCGCCCGAGGUAUUGCUGGGAGGUCCGGAAAGUCGUGUAGGCUCCGAUGGUGUAAUCAGCUAGACCCUUGCGUCAAGCGCAAACCUUUUACUGAUGAAGAAGAUCGGAUAAUAGUUGCAGCCCAUGCAAUUCAUGGGAACAAAUGGGCAUCAAUUGCGAGGCUUUUACAAGGGAGAACAGAUAAUGCUAUAAAGAACCACUGGAAUUCUACCCUGAGACGCAGGUGCAUGGAGCUUGACAGGUUUAGGUCAGCAUCGGGUGAUAUGGUGGAAGAAGCCAGCCUUGACAAAACUAAAGCAUCCUCUGAAGAAACACUGUCAUGUGGAGAUGUCAAUUCAUUCAAGUCCUUGGAUGGAAAAGAUGUCAACUCCCUGGAGAACAUAUCAAACCAGUAUGAAGACAAGGCUCAAAUAAAAGAGGAUCAUGGAAGUGCUGAAGCAAAAGAUCCACCUACCCUCUUCCGUCCAGUGGCACGUGUUAGUGCAUUUAGCCUCUACAAUCCUGUGGAUGGACCUACAAUUAGAUCUUCAUCUGGUGCAGUUCCAUUGCAUGGGCCAUUGGUUCAACCCUCAAAACCAGAUUUUGGGAUAUGCAAAUUGCUUGAAGGUGAUGUUUGUGGUGAUCCCUUGGUACCACCACGAUGUGGGUAUUGCUGCUGUGGGACUCAGAAUGGAGCUCAGAGUGGAGGGAAUUCUCAAAGCUCUUUGCUGGGGCCUGAGUUUGUUGAUUUUGUGGAACCUCCACCCUUCUCAAGUCAUGAGUUGGCUUCAAUAGCAACAGAUCUAAGCAACAUAGCUUGGCUUAAGAGUGGCUUGGAGAAUGGCAGAACCAAAAUAUUGGAUAAUGCAGCUGGUGGAAUGAUUUCCCAAGCAGCACAAAUGCAAAUGGGACAUGUCGAAGAGAAUAGGAAGAAUGACCAUCUACGAUUUGAAGAGGGAAGAAACAAAUUGAUGGGCAUGAUGACGGAAGUGUUGUCAUCUCAGAUGGCCAGGCAACCAUUUGGGGUUCCGGCUAAAGUUGAGGGUUUGAUUUGAGAUAAAAUGCCAGGAUUUUCAUGUUUGUAGAUGCCAAAAAAUCGGACAGGUUAAGGUAUUAAGUGAUUACUGAGCUUCGCUCGUACAUCCUUCUGUAUCAAGUGUAUUGAGCAAUGAAGACUGCGGAUUCUCCACCAAGGCUUUCCUAUUCACAAGUGGACAAAUCAUGCCGAUUAGAAUCUCUCUCUGUGAAUACCCGUUUCAAUUGGCUUCAAUGCCAAAGAUCUGUUUUGCACCGAGUCAAUGUAGUUGAAUCAGCCAAUCAGGUUCGAUUUUCACGCGAUUGAAAGAAUGUUCUGUGUGGAAAGAUGGACCUAUGUUAUGUUUAAAGUUUCUUGGUUAAAGAUAUAGUGCAACUUGCUAUGACCAAUGAAAAACACAUCAGAGUUGAUAGAAUAUAGAUAAAUCCCCCUUUUAUUCUCA